AAAACAGGCGUCAAGUGGUCGAUACCGGCUGCUGUAAGAAAACUCCGUUUUGGGUGUAAUAAAUAACUUGUAAGAUAUACAUACACUGUUGUUAAAACCCAGUUGUAUCAAUGCUCCAAUUCAUUUCGUCACAUACUUGUCUGGGGAAAAUUGUAAAUAUUAGGUUCAUCGGACAAAGUACUAUCCAGAAUGAUAUCCUCAAAUAAAACUGGAGGAAGCAGUCAUGGCUGAAAGAAAAAAAUAUUUGAAUGUAAGCCGAUAUAAGUGGGCGUUAGCUUUCUAAAUUGACUGUUGAUGGCAGUAGAAACGUCUUUUGUUGACUGUACCGGGAUAUAGCUAUCAGGGUUAUCCGAACAUCGUAAACAGUAGUCUCGUUUAAGAUUAAUGAGGUUCGCAUCCAUAUCGAAUGUCUAAAAAGUCGUCUAUUUUGAUGAUCUAUUUACAACUGCAGUUCACUGGUCUUGUCUCUUUGGUCAUGAAUGCCCUCAGAUAUUGUCAACCAGCAAUUUAAACGUAAUUUGAUUGCGUUGACAUCUAGUUAUCUCCGCUUGGUGAAUAAAAAAUUAACAUCAUGUAACCGCAGUACUUCGUGAAAUAUUAAUUUCCCAGCGUUCUGAAGCUUUAUAAAUACAAGAAGCAUCCAUUGAACGUCACAGUAUAGCAGAAUGUAUCCUGACAUCAUAAAUAAUCAGCGUCUACUUAGAGGUAACAGAUGUACAUAUCGAGCAAAUGGAAGGGUUCAUCGUCCCUCUUCUCGUUCAGUAACAUCAACACAUACCUACCGGUGUCCAAGUCCAUCAACGGAUAACUUUGAGAAUAGAUCUGGACAUCAUAGCCAUUAUAGACCAGAUGACCAUCUUCGCUACCCGUAUAGGAGGAAUAAUCGCUUUUUUGGCUCUCCAGUAAGGGACUUUUAUCACCGUAAAAAGAAUCUAAAUUUAAGACGUGGAUUUGAUGGCCAUCAAGUUGCUCGGACGAUACCAUCCUCUGGGUCUUCAACCAAUAACUUGGUUAAUUCUACCUACCCAAUUCAAACUGGUUCUUCGGAAAGCGAUAUCUCCUCUUCUGCUCAACAAAAACCACUAGCUACUUCUAAGUUAAGUCAUAAACUUGAAAAUCAUGAUGAUCUGAGAAGUAACCUUAUUGAUGGCUUACGCAACAGUACAUAUCAAUGUAUGAUAUGCAUUUCGAGGAUUCGUGCUACUGACCCCAUUUGGUCGUGUGCUACAUGUUAUAACAUUUACCACCUGUUAUGUAUUAGGUCUUGGGCAAAAAAAUCAUUUCAGCAACCUAACAUCGAAUGUGACUCCACUUCUGUUUGGCGCUGUCCUUCAUGUCAAACAAAUCAUGAAUUAUCUCCGGAACUGAUUUCUUACCGAUGCUUUUGUGGGCGUAUUGAAAGUCCUGAAUUUCACCCUGGUCGUACGACAAUACCUCAUGGUUGUGAUCAGAUUUGCAGUAAAGUGAAACGCAUAACUUCUACAUCCAAUUUUUGUGAUUAUCAGUGUACUCAUCUUUGCACAGAGUGA